UGAAGGGAGGGUGUGUAUUUCUGUAACUAUAGGCAGCUCGUCGAACUAACCAUUACGAUCACAUACUGGACCAAGUAGGACUGCUAACAACCCAUUCAGGUACAACAAUGUACCUUAUGUACUGCAAGAGACACCACAGACAACUCAACACACUUCAUUCCAGAACAGUAUUUCUUUUAUUAUGCCUCACCCCAUCAACAGUGAACAAUACAAAUGUUUCUACCUGUGUAAAUGACCUAAUAUUGCAGUGAGUCAUGUUUCUCUGCGUAAUUUGCUAGUCCCUCUUUACACUGUUCAUCAGUGGUCAAGACCCCCAUGGGACCACAGUGGAGCAGAUAUUGUUUGUGUGGUCGACCAUUCUCAGCACUACAGUGACACUGACAGUGGUACUUCAGUGGGUCUUGUCCACUCUGUUAGACACACCUACCUUGGUGGCCCUUCUGAAACAAGAAGAAAUGAAGUCCAUGCAGCUUGCACUCCAUCUGCUGGCUGUGGUUGGUUGCCAGUUUUGUAAACCUAUGUCAAAUGAAGCAUUCCCAUCAGAGUAUAAAACAUUCAAUGGGUCACUGUAUGCCUCCUGCCGGAUGCGUCCAAACACUCAGCUGUCUCCUGGCUCACCUAAAGUGUAUGGGCAAGUUUUUUUUAAACAAACCAGUCCAGAGGGAAAGCUAAGAGUGAGGUUCAGAUUGCAUGGCCUUCCUGCAUCAACUCAUCAGGCAAGAGCAAUUCACAUUCACCAGUAUGGGGAUCUGAGCGAAGGCUGCACCUCCACUAGUGGCCAUUACAACCCUUCAGGAGUCAACCAUCCACACCACCCAGGAGAUUUUGGGAAUUUUGUUUCUCGGAAUGGGAAAAUUCAUCAAUCUGUGGAUUCCAAGGCCACACUUUUUGGGCCGCUAUCAGUGCUAGGCCGGGCUGUUGUUAUUCAUGAGAUGGAGGAUGAUAUGGGCCUAGGGGGAGACGCAGGCAGUCUGUUGCAUGGCAAUGCAGGCAGACGAUUGGCGUGCUGUGUGAUUGGAAUGAGUACUGCACAAUUCUGGAACAAGUUACAUCAGUGAAUUAAUCAUUGAAUUUAUCUUCGUCAGUAGUAGCCAGUACAACUUCAACCAGCUAAUUUAUACUGUAUGUAGGCUACAUCAAAGGACAGCUACUACACUGCAGUACUGCCCUGUACAUUUUGUUCAUUGCUGAAGCCAUAAAUUAGGAACAAAUAGUUGUAAAAAUAUACAUUUCUAUUUGCAUGCUUUCUGAGAUGUAGAAGCAUUAAUAUACUUUCACUGCCAAUUUAGCACUCUGUACUAUGAACUGGAGAAUACUGGAAACAGUCUUUGUUCUAAAAGUGCUUAAGCAAAUGUGCAUGCAGUAUAUAAUAAACAUUUCAAAUAUUAAUUCUUAAAAGAUUUUAUUCAGAAUAUCAUCCAAUAUCAAUAUCAAGACACAAAAUUUUCACAGAGAUCAUCACUGUGUUAAGAUUGAGGUCCCAAUGUUGAGUGUGUGUAUAUCAGGUUUUUUUUUUUUUUUUUUUUUUAAACCUGUUGUUCACCUGAAUUGCAGAGCAUUGUUUUUCUUAUUCACUUCAAUGUGUGAAUAAGUAUGUGACAAAACUGUGUGGCAUAGAUGGAGUACAGCACUGGAGAGUAGACUACAGAAUGAAACAAAGUUUCAUUUUAAGGGACGGCCUUUUUUAAAAUAUGAAUUACAAUCUUGUUUGCCGCCAAGCAUUCCAUUAGAUGCCACUAUUUCUAUUAGAAGCAGCUAGUAAAAAUCUAACUUGCUGGAACAGUAUAGAGAUUCUAGUUUGAUAGUAUUUGAACGUAGCCUUUGGCUUGUUUUUGAAAAAAAAUAGAUAACUUUUAAAUAGACAAAGUAUGCAAACCCAACUCAAGACCAGCAGGUGUGAACCCAGUAUGGAACUGAGUGCAGCAGCAUUUGGUCAAAUUUCUUUCAUUUUGCUGUUAUUAAUAUAUUGAUAUAAAGGGCACAAUCAGUACACAAGCAGCAUUUGGGUUAUUUCUAAAACAGCCAUAUGACACAUGCUGAGAAUAACAGUAAAAGUCAGUCUUAAAAUAUACAUAUAUCACAGUGUAAUUGUUGAGCAAAUGUUGCUUUAAUUUGAAAAGCAAUGUUGGGCUGGUUUUUGUAUAAAGGUAGGGAUGGGUGGUAUUUCUGAUACAAAUAUUUGACGUUUGAAAUAAUAAAAUACACAUAUAUACAUAA